UUUCCGAAACAGACCCAGAAACGAUUCAGAACGUUACCGUGUGCAGGACAAACGCUUCCCUAUAGGCUGUUGUAAUGAUUUUGGCCUGAGCAAACAGUAAGAGACGCAGAUGGAAAAGAAGAAUUCCGGAGUUUUGAAUAAAGACGGAGGGAGUUUGAAACUGACUGGAUCUGUUGGGACGAGAACUUUGUUUUUUAAUUUUUUUUUUAUGAAAGAAACAGACUAACAUACCUAGAGCAUGUAGAAAUGCGUCAAACAACUGGGCAAUCGAGGAAAAACUCUCCGUCUUUGGUGACAAUAUUCAAAUUUUCCGCGCCGAUGUAGUCUCUAUCUUGACGAACCACACACGAGCUAACUGUUGGCUGUAUAUGUGGAAUUGCAAGUUGCUUACAAAUGAAAUUUGGGACCAGUUUUGUGUGCAUGAUUAGUUAUUGACUUAACUGAAUCGAGAUCACACAGGGGCACGAGUAUUGACCAGGAAAUUCGGCAAAAAUAGAAUUGCAGUGUGCCUUUCAAAUCGGUUGACCAUCAAGGGAUCGCAGUAAUUGUUGAUGCUUGAGGACAGUGCUAGCAAGAUGGCUGCUGACGGACAGAACAACGAACAAAAGGAGAACGUGCCUGCCGCUAUGCAGGUCAAACACCCCCUCCAAAAUAGUUGGACGUUUUGGUUCUACAAAAACGAUAAAUCCAAGCCAUGGGAUCAAAACCUUCUGGAAAUUACGACAUUUUCAACAGUUGAAGAUUUUUGGGCGUUGUACAACCACAUCGAGCUUAUCUCCCACAUUCCACAGGGCUGUGACUACUGCGUGUUUAAGAAGGGCGUCAAGCCGAUGUGGGAGGAUGAGGCAAAUAUUAAUGGGGGGCGUUGGCUUAUUUCGCUCAACAAGCAGAGCCGUGCUCAGGAACUCGACAACUCGUGGUUAGAAUUAUUACUGCUUCUAAUUGGAGAGGGUUUCGAGGAACAGUGCGACGAUAUCUGUGGUGCCGUAGUAAAUGUGCGGCAAAAGGGCGAUAAAAUUGCGCUAUGGACCGCGGAUGCCAGCUCGAAAGAGGCCAAUCUAGCAAUCGGUCGCACAAUGAAGCAGCGUCUUCAUCUAAACUCCCAAGUCGUCAUUGGGUACAACUCCCAUCAGGAGACAGCGCACAAACACUCGUCGGCCACUAAACCGAAGUACACAGUUUAGAUUGCACCCAUAAAGCUGCACUGGCUAAUACUGCUGGUAGCGUAAUGGCUGGAUGUUCGCCCUUUUACCGGUUCGUAUCGGCUGUUGCUUACGACGGUGUUAGGACGAGUCGAAUGCUUUCACCACCCCAAGCGGCACUACAAUGCAGCACACCAUUGUCGCUUCUUCUUCUUCUUAGGCAUUUUAUUAUCGGCUUAUUGUCUUCUACUUGCCUGUCGAGCAAAAAAAAAUGGAUUAACUGGCUUGAGUUGCCCACUCACGAACAACAAAGACAAAACAUUAGAUUAAUAUGAGUAGACGCCGUGUUUUUCUGUCGGAAGACCACUACAAGCUUCGGUACGGAAACAAAGGACACCUGAGGGCGCAAUGAUAUGUUCACUCAUACCGCCCACACAUUAUUUAUAUAAUAUAUAUUAUUAUUAUAGACUAUACAUACUUAAUAUACGUUAUUCUAAAGUUCUGUUUGCAAACGACGAUGUAAGAUUCGAUUUGAAAACGAAAAGGUGUCGAGCUAUUGGUAAAACCUCCGGUGAGAAUUAUAUCUGAUAUGUGACGGGUGACUGGUGAAAACAGGGCUUUGACCAUUUCCGCAAUGAAUAGGCAUUGGCGUCGUGGCUUUCGGUAUCUUCCGGAAUGUCCACGCUAGGGUAGGUAGCGGUGUUACUUGUGUUAACGUGGGCCAGAUGUUGCGUUUAGUAUGCGUAAUUUUUGCAGCUGUCCAGGUUUUAGGAUUGCGGUUAGCUUUAAGAUCUUUCCUUUACACAGCAUCUGUGUCCCACACGCGACUUCUUAUGAUGUGAAGUACAUGUUCAAAGGUAGGGGCAGACGACCCUUGGUAGGAAGCUAGUAAACUUUGCUUGAUAGAUAAGUGGAAAACAUUCUAACUAUUCGUGAAAAUUCUGUUCUUUUUUUAUGGAAUCAAUGAGAAUUGGCCGAAUCAGGAUGCAGGGAUGCCGUAUUUUUAGUGGGUGUUUUCGCAGUGGUGUAUAUGGGCGUGGAGUAUAAAGUGCACAAUUGAUUAAUGUUAAUUCAUAUCGACUGAUCGAUGUUGUACGAGGACGGAAUUGGAACGGAUUAGAAAAUUUAAGAAAAAAAGGAGCUAUGAUGCUGCUGCUGCUGCUGCUGCUGUAGGGUAUGAAGGAAAAGAUUUUCGCCUUGCUUCGACCUAAGAGUUAAGGUGAAAGAUUUGAAGCUUGACGGGUAGCAUAUUCUGGAUUUAGGAUAGAUAUAUUAAUUAAGCAUUCAUCAAGCGGUAGGCUUCAGAGUGGGCUGAACCUAUUCAAAGAGCCAGGAAAAGAGACCCUCAGACCUGUGUAUUCGCUAUUCAUGAUUGCGUAUUUUUCGCACAUAGGACAAACGGGCAUAGGUCCCGUUACAACACGAUUUGGCGUUACGCAUGGACAAGUAAUGAUUGUGCUUGACCUUUGGUCCAAUGUCUUAUCGUGUUAUUUGCACAAUAUACUGAUAUAGGCAACCAAACAGAGAGAAAGAACGUUGCGGUUCGUUAUGUAGUGUCGUCAUCAUCGCCACAUGCGUGCACAAGCAAACUCCAUAACUAUAACAGAAUAAUGAUACAUCAUUAUUAUAAGAACGGACAGUACGGAAAACGAUUUUUUGCAUUAUAAUAAUACUACUAAUUUCCUGUUUGAUGUUUUCUUUUCUUAUCUAUGUUCCCAGUACACGAGUUGCUAGACGAUUCAAUCCGAUAUAUAUAUAGAUGUCUAGAUAGCAAUGCAAUAGUAGUAAGUAUACUUCAAAUCGCAGCAAUGAAACGGAAUCAAUUGGUAGAGACAGAGAAAUGCUUUUUUUUGUUUACAGUACAACGAUUACUUAAGGACCAUAUACGAACAUUGAUUAUUAUUACUGCAGACUGACAACCGUACUAAAAACGUCAAUUACAAAAGAAAAACAGGAAGCGUAAUAAACGUCCAGUAGAUCACAACAUGAUCAACUCUCUUCUCAUGCUUGUAAGAACGGCGCAGCCCAGUUUAAUAAUUAAGACACUCUUAUCGUAUGUAUUUAUUAAUUACUAUCAAGAAAAACCUCAUACAGGUAUAUUAAUUUCCACCUCCAGACAAGUAUCGGAACUGAUCAGUAAGAUUAAAAUGAGGAAGAGAAAAAAAUCAAUUGUACUAAUUCACCUCGCAUACCCCAGCUAUACUAUGUACCAUUUUAUAUUUCGCCCAAUAUUCCACGGCUUGUUAUGAUAGUUUAUGAUGAACGCAUAUCUUAAAAGAAGUCGCGGUAUUUAAUUUUUAUUUUCAGCAAUUAUUAAAUGAAUGAGAAAAAUGUGUGUGCAGUAUAUACACACGCGGAAUUUUAAAAUAUAAAGCUCACAUAAAAAAUAAAAACAGUAGUGACUAAUUAUAAAUUUAAUACAACUUGUAGAAGCGAUAAAGGUACGCUGUAGUCGCGCAGCUGCGCAAAGGAGCAAGAGAUUUGUUAGUUCUGGGCAAAACAAGAGGUGGAAAGUUAUGGAAAAAUAAUUUUCUUUCCGUUUGUGACCCAUAAGGGCCUAACUGAUUUCUGAGCUUCUACAGAAUUGCGACGAUGUGCAGCUGACAUGCAAGAAAGUAGGGAAAAUAUGAUUGUCAAACCAAGUCGAAAAGAAAGACCGACAAUGAUCAUAUCGGGGAACUAGAGCCGUAAAACGGUAACAUGAUUUCAGCAUUCAAGAUCGUAUAUAGUACACUUAAUGAUACACAGAGCGCUCAUAGACAAUACGAAAUGAACGAGGCAAGUGGAAUAUAUAAAUACGAGAUAAGUAUUUAUAUAAGAAGAGAGAUCUAGAUAGCAAUUAUAGUAAAACAAAUGAUGUUCGGAAAACAUUACUUCUACUCUAUCGAUGACGUAAGACGACAAACAGUAAAGAUUUCAGGAAAAAGGUAGAGUGUAGAGGAUGUAUUAUUCUUGGGAUAAAAUAGCGAAAAGAACUAAGAAAGAAAAACACGAAGCACCUAGGAAACGUGAUAGCGGAAACAGACUGG